AUGUUCCUGCUCAUCCCAGAAGUGUGCCAGGCAACCAUCGAUGAGUACAAGGAUGAGGUGAUGAAGUAUCCUACCACUCCUGAGGAAUGGCGUGCCAUAUCUGACAACUUCAUGGAGAGGUGGAACUUCCCCCAUACCUGUGGUGCACUUGAUGGCAAGCACGUCAACUGCAAGUGUCCUCCAAACAGUGGUUCCCUAUACUACAACUACAAAGGGUUCUACUCCGUUGUCCUCAUGGCGCUUGUGGAUGCUGAUUACAAGUUCAUCUGGGCAGACAUCGGCGGUAUGGGAUCAGCAUCAGACGCUCAGAUCUACAAUGCUUCUGAGCUAAAUAAAUGCGUUGAAGAUGGUAGUCUAGGCUUCCCUGAUCCCGAUCCUCUUCCCAACGACAACCAGGAUGUGCCCUACUUUUUCGUUGGCGACGAUGCCUUCGCCCUACGACCCAACAUGAUGAAGCCGUACAGCCUCCGGAGUAUGACGCGGCCGGAGCGCAUCUUGAACUACCGGCUUUCCCGAGCCAGGAAGGUCGUAGAAAAUGCCUUCGGCAUCCUGGCCAACCGUUUCCAAGUUCUCCUGAGCACGAUGCAGCAGCAGCCUGUGAUCGUCAAGCUCAUUGUCACAGCAUGCAUGACCGCUGCCGUUCGCUGGCUCAUUUGA